AUGCUCAAGACGUUAGAGGAUCAUUUUGCGAAGCGUCCUAACAAUGAAACCAGGUUGCGGAACGUCAGAAUAACAUCAAUCGUUCCUGUAGACGUCAGAGAGAUUGUUGUUGAGAUCAAAAUGGGAGCUCCACAAGAUGUGCAAUUUGUGCCUCACAUGAAGCUGGUCCUGGUGUUUCUCAAUAGUGAACUCGCUUUGAUUCGUAUUGGGGCUCCAAAAGAAAAACUGUGGUCCAAGGAUAGUGACUCUGAGUCAAAGUAUGAGGUGUUCCGGAAAAUAAGUCGAGUAGUAGCGUGCAUUGUGCUUGCGAAGCAUAACCUGAAGAAAAUACCAACUGAGUCACUAUUCAUUUCGAUCGUUUCCUUCAUCCAACGUUUCACAAAGUGUUUCUAUUCGAAAUGUGCCGUUUGUCGUAAAACCAUGCGCGAUUUCCUCCCACCGAUCGUCAUUAAGCCAUAUCGACUUGAUACCGUAUUUAUUCACGAAGAUUGCGCAUUGGAUUCGAGUGAAUAUGAAGGCUGA